AGCACUGCGCUCUGCUCUCAAUUAUUGAGCGCUCACUCUCACUCUCACUCCCAGUCUUCACUCCCACUCCCUCUCGUCUUUCCCCUCUUCCGUCACCGCCAGUACCCCCACGCUGCCGUCUCCAAACCCUCACCACCGGAGGAGAACAGGAAGAUCACAAGCAGCUGGCAGAUGGAAUCGGUGGAGCACAUCAAGGAAGGCGAUGACGCGGAUGGCACAUGAAUUUUAAGUAUCUGGGAGCUUGAGCAAGGACCAACCAGCUUGGGCAGUACUUGGUCUCUGCUUGUGUCUUUAUGUGGAUUGAAGCCGCUGAAACAAAGGAUGCACACUCUCUCUGUCAAUUACUGAGCACUUUUGCUUCUGCAACCUCUUCUCUCCUUGCUGGCUAGCUAGGCGGAGACGACUCUGUGUCGGAGAGUGAGAACCAACCAUGGAAAGAUUUCUGGUGAGUGCAGCUACAGGAACGAUGAAUUCCCUCCUGGGGAAGUUGGGAACCAUCUUGAACAAUGAGUACAAGCUGCUAAAGGGUGUUCGUGAUGACAUCAAGUUCCUCAAGAGAGAGCUCGAGGCCAUGGCAGCAUUUCUCCUCAGGAUGGCAGAUAUGGAGGAACCUAACCCCCAAUCCCAGCUUCAUGCUGACGAUGUGCGGGAGCUGUCCUAUGACAUUGAGGACAAAAUUGACAAGUUUAUGUUACUUGUCAACCAUGAGUCCAGUUCUCAGUCAGAAAGCUUCAAGGAACUUCUUAACAAAUGCAUGAAAAAGAUAGCAGACAUCAAGACUCGCCAUAAGAUCGCCAAGGAUGUCAAAGACAUCAAGAGCCAAGUCAAGGAGCUGGCCGAGAGGCAUGCAAGGUACAAGAUCGACGAGUCUUCCAAGCCUAGAAAUGAAAAGGUUGACCCACGACUUUGUGCGGUAUUUAAAGAUACAACAGAGCUUGUUGGCAUCGAUGCCCCGAGAGAUGACCUUGUGAAGUUGCUAACUGACGAGAAAGGAGAAUCAGCAUAUCAGCUCAAGGUUGUCUCUAUUGUUGGAACUGGGGGGCUAGGUAAGACGACCCUUGCUAGACAGGUUUAUAACAAGAUUGGAGCAAACUUUGAUUGUCGAGCAUUUGUGCCGAUCUCACGAAGCCCUGAUAUGUCGAAGAUCUUGAGUUCUAUAUUUUCCCAAUUGCGCAACCAAGAUCAAUAUCAUGCUGGAGCAGGGGAUCCAACACUCCUAAUUGAGCAAAUCAGAAAAUUUCUAGAAAAUAAAAGGUAUUUGAUCGUAAUUGAUGAUAUAUGGGAUGCACAAACAUGGAAAUUUUUGGAAUGUGCUUUUGUCAAGAGCGGUCUUGGCAGUAGAGUAAUGAGCACAACACGUAAUAAUGAUAUAGCAAAUGCAUGCUGCUCUUGUGACAGAGAUCUUGUCUACAAGAUCAAACCACUUAGUGAUGCUGACUCAGCAAAGUUAUUUUUCAAGAGAAUAUUUGGUGAUGAAGAAAGUUGUCCUUCUAGCUUGAAAGAAGUCUCAAAAGAUAUUUUGAGAAAGUGUGCUGGUUUGCCACUGGCUAUCACUGCCAUAUCUAGCUUAUUGGCAACUGGGAAAACAGAACAGGAGUGGAAUCAGGUUCGGAGUUCUAUUACCUCUGUUGAAGGCAAAAGUUCUGAUAUAGAGGCUAUGAAAUACAUUUUAUCUCUGAGCUAUUUCGACCUUCCGUUCCACCUAAGAAGUUGCCUACUAUACCUUACUAUGUUUCCUGAAGAUUAUGAGGUUGAAAGGAAGCGGUUAGUACACAGAUGGAUUUCUGAGGGUCUUAUCCGUGGCAAAGACAGAGAAGAUCUUGUUGAAUUGGGAAAUACGUACUUCCAUGAGCUUAUUAACAGAUGUUUAAUACAGCCGGUGGAAGUAAAAUAUAAUGGUAAGGCAUCAAGCUGCCGAGUCCAUGACACCGUCCUUGAUUUCCUCAUUUACAUGUCUGACAAAGAGAACUUUUGUACUUUGUUAAGCAAAAAAGCAAAGUCAGAUCGCAGAAUUCGUCGAAUCUCUCUGAUGGGAAAUGAAGAUCCAGAAAUUAUCGAGCAAUUGGAUUUAUCACAUGCUCGAUCACUUGGUGCCUUUCGGCCUACCAACCAGUUGCCUUCCCUUGUGAAGUCAGAAGCUCUGCGUGUGCUGGACCUAAGACGGUGUGAACAAUUGGCAUAUCAUGUCGAAGAUAUUGGGAGACUUAUUCAGUUGAGAUACUUGAACAUCAGAGGUUGUGUAAUUGAGCUUCCUAAACAAAUUGGAGACUUGGAGUAUCUAGAGACACUUAUUACGGAUCCCAAUCUUUCUGUGCUACCUGAAUCAGUUAGUCGGCUAAAACGCCUGGCUCGUCUGUCUGUUGGAAAUAGCACCAAAUUGCCGGAUGCGUUUGGAAACAUGGAGAACUUGCAAGAGCUUUGGGAAAUAAACCCCUUUAUUCAAUCACCGAAAUUUGUAGAAGAGCUUGGCAAACUAAUAAAUCUAAUGAAGCUGAAAAUUUUGUUGAGGUCAAGCAGAUUUGCAAGCUAUGAGGAAAAAUGUAUAGUAUCCUCCCUCUUUGAGUUGGAUAACUGCAACCUUCGCAAGCUGUCUAUUACAUUUGAGUGGGGAGUAGAGGAUGGCUUCAUAAGAGAUAUGUGCUUCCCCAGUCUCAAUUGUGUCCAAAGCAUUUGUCUCUGGCAUAGAGAAACCCGUUUGUUUGCCAAGUGGCUGCUUUCACUCGCCAACCUGCAAAAAUUGAGAAUCGUGCGUGGGAAGAUAGAGCAACAGGAUAUUGAGAUGUUUGGAACCAUAUCUACCCUGGUCAAAUUUCAGUUGGCGUUAGACAGUGAAGAUCCCAUCAGCAUAAUCAUCAGGAGUGAGGGAUUUCAACAGUUACAGAUGUUUGUACUCAAAUGGUUUAAUGGGUUGAAGUUUGAAGCGGGCUCUAUGCCGAGUCUCAAGGUGCUUCAACUCCUUGUUCACGUGCGCAAGUUGAAAGACUGUGGUAAUGAUUUUGAUUUUGGUAUCCAACACCUCGCCAGCCUUGGUAGCCUCCAUGUUGAUAUAUUCUGCUUGGGAGCGAAGGCCGCGGAUGUGGAGGCUCUGGAGCAUGGUUUGAAGAGCAUGGUCGAGGCAAACCCGAACCAUCCUGCGUUGGAAAUACGUAAAUUGUGUGAAAAGGACAUGUUACCAGAUGAGUGAUGGAUACACAUGUUGCAUCCGAUUGCUAGUACAUGUGAAGAAACUCUUGCCCAUUUACUCGUUUGCAUUUCAGUCCUCCUAGGCUGGGACCCGUAGAUUAGUGCAUUGAUGUGGCGAAUAAUUGAUGUUGUAACCGUGAUCUUCUACUGUUAUUUCCCUUGUUAUUAAGACCUCCCAGUAAGAUUGAAUUGACUA